ACUCAUUUUUGUCAGCAUUGCAUUGCAUUUAUCAGACAAGACAAAUCCUCUGAACCAAAUUCUCAACGCACAAAAAAAAGCAUCCAAACAAACAAAGCAUAUGGAUGGGCGGCACGGCGCUGUAAUAACGAGAGCAGAGAAGAGAAGACACAAGAGAUGGCACUACUGAAUCGGAGAGGAUGGACGACGCUGCGCUGUGCUGCGAUUUCGUUCCAGUUCGGGAAGCUGUUUAAUCGGACCGCCGCCGCGUCUUCAUCUGGAACUGGAUGCACCUCCAAACUGUUCGUCGGUGGUCUUUCUUACGAUACUAAUGAAACAGCUCUCAAGGACGCUUUCUCUCAACAUGGUGCUGUUAUUGCAGUGAAGGUUGUAUGCCAUCCAACGACGGGCAAGUCAAAAGGGUUUGGCUUUGUCACGUUUUCUUCACAAGAUGAAGCAGCAAAGGCAGCGCACAAGAUGGACGGUGAGGUGCUUGAUGGGAGGAAUAUUCGGGUGCACUACUCAAACACUGGAUGAUCUGCCACUGCUUAUGUUAAGUCCAGCCUACAAAUAGACAGUCUGCUGAUUUUUCAGCACAGCAUCAGCACAAGGUUCCCUGAGCUGAGUUGUUCCUCACUUUAUUUUGAGACUUAAAAGAUCGCAGGACCACCUCAUCUUUAAACCGUUUUCUUUCACUGGCACGAUUGCAUGAACAUGUAACAGUGAUAUUCCUAGAUCAGCAUGCGCUAGUUUAGGCCUCAGGCCCUAUUUAGUUCGCGAAAUUGUUUGAGUUUUGACACUGUAGUACUUUCGUUAUUAUUUGGCAAUUAAUAUCCAAUUAUGAACUAAUUAGAUUUAAAAGAUUUGUCUCGUGCUAAUCA